AGCAGCCACCCCGGUAGUUGUCGCUCGCUCGCACCAAGAAAUACAUACAUACCACAGCUCUACUGCACUCUCUCCGGUUGAUCCAUCGGCCUCGAGGUGGGAUCCAGCGGGCUCAAACAGGAUCGGCACGAGGAGAAAUCGCGAGGCUCGGUUGGUGUUGCUCUGCUUUGAGCGAGAUGGGCGUGCUCUUCUCGUGUCCCGUGGAGGACGACGGCGAAUGCGGCGGCCUCGUCGCGGCGGCGGAGGAGGAGCAGCAGGCGACGUUCCUCAAGGCCUCGCUCGGCUCCGGCAAGCUCCGGAUCGAGGGCUCCCUCAGCUUCAAGCGGCUCCAGCUGGUGGAGCCCAAGAUCCCCAUCGCCGUCACCGCGCCGGUGCCCGUGCCGGUGCCGAUGCCGAGGGAGCUCCUCCGGACGCGGUUCGCCGACGCGGCGGUUACGGCGGCGGCGCAGCCGGAGAGCCCCAAGCACGAGGCCGCGGCGGUGACGCUGCAGAAGGUGUACAAGAGCUUCCGGACGCGGCGCCGGCUGGCCGACUGCGCCGUGCUCGUGGAGCAGAACUGGUGGGAGCUGCUGGACUUCGCGCUGCUCAAGCGCAGCUCCGUCUCCUUCUUCGACAUCGAGCGGCAGGAGACCGCCGUGUCCAAGUGGGCGCGCGCCAGGACCAGGGCCGCCAAAGUCGGCAAGGGGCUCUCCAAGGAUGAGAAGGCUCGGAAGCUCGCAUUGCAGCACUGGCUUGAAGCUGUGAGUACUUUUGUCAGAGAAACUGCAGAAUGUUCAGUUAACUUUCGUGUUUUUGCCAAGCAAUGUGCUCAUGUCACUGCUGAAUUUUCUGAUGAACAGAUCGACCCGCGACACCGGUACGGGCACAACCUUCACUACUACUACGACUGCUGGCUGAGGUGCGAAAGCAGGGAGCCUUUCUUCUACUGGCUCGACAUCGGAGAGGGCAAGGAGAUCAACCUCGAGGACCGAUGCCCGCGGUCGAAGCUUCUCAGCCAGUGCAUCAAGUAUCUUGGUCCGAAAGAGAGAGAGGAAUAUGAGGUUGUGAUCGAGGAUGGCAAGUUCAUGUACAAGAACAGCAGGCAGAUCCUCGACUCCUCCGGCGGUCCGAGGGACGCAAAGUGGAUCUUUGUGCUGAGCACAUCCAGGAAUCUGUAUGUUGGGCAGAAGAAAAAGGGCACAUUUCAGCAUUCUAGCUUUCUCGCCGGAGGCGCCGCGUCUGCUGCGGGGCGACUCGUUGUCGAAGAUGGAGUUCUGAAGGCUAUCUGGCCUCACAGUGGGCACUACCGCCCCACAGAAGAGAACUUCCAGGAAUUCCAGGACUUCCUCAGAGAGAACAAGGUCGAUCUCAGCGAUGUUAAGAUGAGCCCAACUGAAGAGGAUGAGGAGUUCUGGAGCAGGCUCAGAAGCAUCCCUUCGGAGCGGUGCACCGAUGCCGACAAACCCGAAGAAGAAAUGGUUCCUGCUGCAGAAACCAUCCCUUGCCAGGCACCUCAGGUCACUGAAACCACACCUGAAAAUGUCAUCCAACUCCAAGAAACAAGCAAAGAUCAUAGCCAACCGGAGAUGUUCACAAGGCUGGAUUCAUCGAAAGGCGCCGUAAACAUCGAAAAAUCAACGACUUCCAUGCCUGAAGAUCAUGAGGAAGACAGCGAUGAUGAUCAUGCGGUGGUGCCAAGGGAGAAGAUCAUUGGGAGGGCCAACUCAUAUCAGCUGGGGAAGCAAGGGUCCUUCAAGUGGACCACCGGCGCCGGACCCCGGAUCAUUUGCGUCAGGGACUACCCGCCGGAGCUGCAGCACCGGGCGCUGGAGGAGGUGCACCUGUCGCCGAGGAGGAGCGGCAGGCCGACGUCGAGGUUCUCGUCGCCGCAGAGGGGCGGCAGCCCGAUGUCGAGAGGGUGUGAACCCCUGGCGCCGAGAGAGGCGUUCCAUGCCACGCAUCUGCAGCAAGGAUUACUGAUCAGUUUAUGAUGAACGAGCUAUUCUUGUUCAUAAGUUGUGCAUAUGGAUAGAGGAAUAAAGUCACCUAUAUAGGGAGUAAAAAGAGGUACUCCCCCCGUGUAGAUCUUGUAGUGAUGUAUGUAUACGUGAUGUUCAAAUUGGACACAAGUGCAGAGAUCAAUACAAAUUCUUUCAUUUA